AUGCCGACUCUUGCCCUGAUCAAUUUCAAUAUCGUCUGUGCGACGCUGGGAGGCUUCAUCUCUCUCUUCGGCCUGGUGUCAUACCUGUGCAAGGAGCGAUUCUACCUCUCCGAAGCACUCAUCUCGCUUCUUGCCGGAAUUGUGUUUUCUCCCCAUGCAGCGAAUUUCAUACGCCCAAAAGAUUAUGCAUUGCACAACGAGCUCAACCUUGAGGAGAUUACCUUGCACUUUACCCGCCUCGUUCUAGGCGUGCAGCUGUUCUUGGCAGGCGUUCAGCUCCCCAAGCGGUAUCUGCAGGUCGAAUGGCGGAGCUUGGCGCUCCUGCUCGGCCCCGGCAUGGGUGCCAUGUGGAUUUGCAGUAGCCUGGUGGUGUGGGCCAUGGUGCCCAACUUCAGUUUCCUCCACGCCCUGGUUGUCGCAUCCUGUGUCACGCCCACAGAUCCGGUCUUGUCCAACUCGAUUGUCAAAGGCAAAUUUGCAGACAAGAAUGUGCCGCGACCUCUGCAACGAAUCAUCAUUGCCGAGUCCGGCGCAAACGACGGUCUUGGUUAUCCGUUCCUGUUCUUCGCCCUCUAUCUGCUGCAGUACAUCGGCAUGGGUGGCGAGGGGCAUCCGGGCGGUGCGAGCAAGGCCAUGGGCCAGUGGUUCCUUGAGACGUGGGUGUAUGUCAUCAUUCUGAGUAUCGCAUAUGGCAUCGCUGUGGGUUGGUUGUCUCGGAAGCUUCUCCACUGGGCCGAGGAGAAGCGUUAUGUGGAUCGGGAGAGUUUCCUGGUUUUCGCCAUUGCCCUCGCCCUCUUCAUUGUAGGCACCUGCGGACUGAUUGGCACUGACGAUCUGCUUGCCUGUUUCAUUGCAGGAAAUGUAUUCACUCAAGAUGACUGGUUCCGUCUUGAAACCAUGGAUGAUUCGCUCCAGCCGACCAUCGAUAUGCUCCUCAACUUGGCGGUGUUCAUGUGGUUUGGUGCUGUCUGUCCGUGGUCGUCCUUCCUGCACAACGACGUGAUCCCGAUCUAUCGCCUGAUUUUCUUGGGUGUUUUGAUCUUGCUGCUCCGCCGCCUACCCAUUGUUCUGGUGAUGCAUAAGUGGAUCCACCAAAUCGAGCAUGUGCGCCAUGCGGGAUUCGUUGGUUUCUUUGGCCCAAUUGGCGUCGGUGCCAUCUUCUACCUUUCCAUCUGUCGUGAAUACUUGCGCGAAAUCACCGUCGACGGAAAAAUGCGGGCGGAUGCUCAGCAGGUCUACGACACGGUCAAUGUUGUCGUCUGGUUCUUGGUGAUUUGUAGUAUCAUUGUUCACGGUCUCUCCGUCCCUGUCGGCAAAGCAGGAUACCAUCUGCCGCGGACCAUUUCCAGCGCCAUCAGCACCAGUACUGUGGACGACCCUGAUCCAGUGCCCAUCUCCAACUCUCGCCACACUCACAGCACGGCCAUGCCUCGGGGUAUGAAGUUUAGCAUUUCGCGUCACCGCUCCCGCAAGCGUGAGAAUCAGGAGACGUCGCCCAAUCCUCCUGUGUUCCGUAUCGGUCGGCCAGUCGUUCACGCUAGGUCGCAAGACGAGCAGAUUGGCGCCGAGUCACACGAUGAGCCCGCCCGCCCUGUGAAUCUUGUUCACCAGGAGCCGGUGAGUGGUGUGCAUUCACGGGAGCGCGACUCUCCGAGUCCUGUAUGA